AUGCUGACUGGUUCCCCUCACACUGUCAGCAGCCGUGGUGACAUCCUGAUCCAAGAGGAUCCAGUCUCAGAUGUUAGGAGGGAGGAACUAGCUGCAGUGAUGGACGACUUGCCUCCACUUGAUCAUGAAGCCUUGGAGAGGCUGAGCCAUGCGGAGAGCGAGCUGAAAAUGACUGAUGCACUUCUCUUCCACGACGACGUUUCUUCUGCACUAAAUGAGAGAGUCGAGGAGGAUGCCGGUACACGUCAACCCACUACAGAUCCAGAACAAGAAGAUACUGUUCUAGAGAUUGACCCCAAAACAGGAGACUUGAUUAACUCCCUCAUAGAGACUCCGAUCGUUCCUUCUGCCGUUGAGCCACGGCAUCUCCCAGUGCAAAGAAGAAGUAGAAGUGAUACUAAGAGCCCGCGAUCACAAAGGAAGAGGGGAAGACCUGAGAGGUUUGACAGCUUGGAGAUCGACAGUCUUGAUUUAGCAGAUGUUCCACAGAAAAGAAGAGCUGCAAGGCGCCUGAGAUUUGUUGACGGGUCAACGCAGUUAAGUCGGGAACAGUUGAGAAGAAACAUGAACAACACAUCAGACACAAUGAGACCACUUGACACCAUUUACCCAAGCAGACAAGAGUCAGCAGCAGAUCUCUUUAGCAAGCCAGGAUUGAGAGGCCUGCAGCGGGAGCCACAUUUGUCACUCUGGAGACGAAACGCUUUCACGGAACAGAUGUCAGAACGUGACGAAUCAGAUUCCGAAAAUGACAAGAACAUUCCCUAUACGAUUCGAGAUAUGCUAAGACAACUGCAGCAAAAUGAUGAAAGUUCUUCAGUUGUUGAAGAACGUCGUGAGGAUUCCACACUAGAAAGCACUUCUGCACAAGACCAACCACUCACUAGCACAGCCAUUAAGGCAUCCAGUGGCAAAAGAAAGAGGAGUAUUGAUAGUGACGAUCCAGAACAGCAAAGAGACCGCUCAAAUACUAACGAAUCGAGUAGUAAUCUUCCAGUGACAAGUUUCCAGCACCUAUCAGGAAUCCAAAGCAUGCACGAGGAUAGUCGUAUUUCUGACAGACAGACAAGCGCAGCAAGCCGAAAUAUAGAAUCGAUCACUGAAAGCUUAAACAGGCGUGCGGAUGUCGCCAUCCUGGAGGAGCCUGAGUUAGAGCAGCAGCUUCAGCCUGAGCACAUGGAGAAUCCUCCAAUAUACGUGGAAGAGCCAAGAGAAGUGCCUGCUGAGAUGGAAAUACCAGCGCAAGCUCGGAUAACACCUGCUCACGUGUACAGAAAAUUAGAGGAACUACUUCAAGGGGAUGCUAGCCUGGAGAUUCCAUUCAGAAUUCUGGUGCCAGUUGACAUGCCCAAAUGGGUGGCUGCAAAAUACUUCUACUGUUGUCUCGUUCUGCUGAAGCAGAGAAAGAUUUCCUGCCAGCAAGAACGACCUUACGAUGACAUCUUCAUCUGGCUGAGACGGCGUAUACAGUAAUGCAGUGACAGCAGCAAAGUCGCGGGUUUUAUAGCUGUCAUGUCUAACUGCAAUUUGAUUAUGGUUAUC